GCAGUUGGGGUUAACUGCUGCAAUCUCCACCUCCCAUCCAGUGUCGAAAACCUAUGUCGUCAACGUGUACCUCCCCAGAGGACAGCCGAGGCACUGGAGGCGGCCUCACUUGCCGUCGACCGAUUAACUCUACGCGAGCUGCCGAAAACACCCGUCCAUCGACGCCAAUGUCACCUAUAUGGACGAGGAUCUCGCGAUCUCCGCGCGCAAUGAAACCAUCACCGUGGUCGGGACGGACGCGGGCGCGCAGAGGAAUGACAAAGUAGAAAGCCGCCCGACACCAUCAGCGAGUCACCAUCAGUCACGGCGCAUAGUGAUUCACAGCCUACAGGCGCCCGUGCGAAGUCGACAUAGCCCAUCACACUCCGUUGCUCAGACAUCCGCACACGACUCGCAGUCUCAGACUCGCCUCGCUCUUGCAUCGUCUUUUCGCGCACUCACCCACCUCGCACACAACCAUCGCAAUGGCUGGCCAGUCCAACGGUACCAAGGGCUCGGGCUCGAGCUCUGGCUCGUCCGCAGUCAAGGGCGGCGCGUCGUCGACAGGCGCCGUGUUCUUCUAAGCACACAGGCCCCUCCGACGCGCCCUCCCCUUCCACACGUCCAACAUACAAUACACUCGCCACCUAUUCUUCCAGGACGCGCCUCGCCGCCACCGCCACCGCCUUCUAUUUAUCACGGACGGCCGCGAUGCGCGUAUACGCUAUCGUCGCCUAAUCUCCCAAGAUGCCCUCGAGGGGCAGAGCCGACGAAGACGCGCCGGGAAGGGGGAGAAGCAGGACAGGGCGCGCCGCGGCUUCGGCAGGAUACUCAUCAUCGUUCCCCAUCACCCAUCGACACAUCGCAUCUUCUACGCACCCGCUGACUAUGUAUCUAUUCGAAGGAUCGCCCAUCAUGCACUUCCUAUGUAUCGUCCACCUGUAGCACGUUCCCCACUAUCCUCAACUUCGCUCUGUUCUCCUUACCUUACCUUGAUAAGCGGCCUUAUACUACGCCCG